AAGCAUCUAUGGCAGCUGCCCCCAUCUUUGUUCCUCAAUUUGAUACAUGUCUGCCUGGCUCAGGCGAAUUACGCUCCCUAUUUCUUUGACAAUGGAGCUAGCAGCACUAACGGGAACAUGGCACUUCUCAGCCUUUCGGAAGACACAGCUGUCGGUACACACGUGUACACAUUAAAUGGGACAGAUCCCGAAGGGGAUCCGGUAACCUAUGGCAUGACCUUUGAAUCUGGGUCAAGAAAGUACUUUGCUAUUGAUGAAAACUAUGGAAAUGUUACACUGAUUGAAGAGCUGGACCGUGAGAGGGAAGAUGAGGUUGAAGUUGUCGUCAGCAUCUCAGAUGGCUUAAGUAUGGUGGCUGAGAAAGUCAGGAUCCUUGUAACAGAUGCCAAUGACGAGAGCCCAGAAUUUACCAACACACCAUACAUAGCCCAAGUCCUGGAGAACACCCCUUCAGGAAGCAGCAUCUUGAAAAUUGAAGCCAUAGACAGAGACACCGGUUCAGGGGGGAGCAUAACCUACUUUCUGCAGGUAAAUAUUGACUUGGGUGUCUAG